AUGAAGCUCAUUCUUACAAUCUUGAACCUCUUCUUCUUAGCAGGUUCAUGUUUAUUAUUGAUAUUCACUGUCCUUUCCGGGACAGCAGAUACUUCUCCAAUCAAUAAGUUCUACUGGUUGGAAGCGGACACCAGUAAAAUUCCAGGAGCACCAUCUACUGCCGCCUGGACUUUCUGGGGUGUUUGUGAUAGAUAUGAUUUCGGCAACUGUACCUUAGGACCAGCCUACCCAAUUUCACCACCUGAUAACUUCCACACCGACACUAAUGUUCCAAAGGACUUCAUUAGCAACAGAGACAUGUACUACUACUUGACCAAGUUUUCCUUCGGAUUCACCUUUGUGGCUCUCUGCUUUGCAGGUGUUGCCUUCAUCAUUGGUAUCUUGGGACUUUGCUUUUCAAUUAUUGACAAGGUUUUAGUAGCCUUUGUUAGCAUUGCCCUCUUCUUUGUUGCCGGUACCGCCUCUUUCCAAACCGCAGCCACUGUUUUGGCCAAGCAAGCUUUCAAUGACUCUGAUUUAUCAGCCAAGUUGGGGGUUAAGGCAUUUGCAAUCUUGUGGACCACCGUUGCCUGUUUGUUGAUUUCAUUCUUCUUGACUUGUUUCGGUAACAUUGCCUCAUCUUACAGAAAGCACAUGGACAGAGUUUACGCAGCCAAGCAACCAGAUGGUGGCUACAAUGACUCUGGAAUCCCUCCACCAGUUGUUGGUGACGGAAUUGACAAUGAUGUAUCUUCCUUUACCAGAGCUGAACCAGCUCAAGAGACCAAGGAAGACAAUGGAGGAGGAGUUAGAUUUUUCAAGAUUAAGAGAAAUCCAAAGGUUUCUGAUGAAGAAAGCGUUUAA